AUGGAUCUCCUUCAAUCGGUAUUCAACCACCUAGUGCUGCCUCCCAAAGUACCGGGGAGCCAAGAUUCUGACAUUGAAUCCAUAUCACGCGACGUGCUGAUGCGCAUGAUCCGCACCUGCAAAUCUAUGGGUUCCAUUGUCGAUUCGCCUUGGCUAGAAGCAUUCCAAUCACUUCAGGCUUCAAUGGAAACCUGUCUUGCGCUCCACUUGGGCCGCCUGGAGGUGUCAACAUUGCGUCGCCAUCUGCGCAAUCUCGAAUCGGACCACAUCUUGAUUUUACAUGUCGUGGAGCAGAAUUCCGCCUUGCUCAUCCAUCGCGAGACCUGCGAUGAUGAAGACCGUGUCGUCUUCGAAGCGUUUGAGACGUCAGCCCCCUCGGAACGGGUUCUUGCGGCAGGUCAUGCCUUGCAAUGGGAUUUCCCCGGUCGUUGCGCCCAGAUUCCAUUCGCUAAAUUCAUUGAUGAGCCGUUUCAAGAGUGUCUGUCUGCUUUUCUUGAACAGGCUAGCAUGGAGUCGAUAUAUAGUCUUCAAGCUGCUGCACGAAAAGCUUCUAUUUCCGUUACCGAGGUUAGAGAUACCACUGACCCGGCGCUGAUCACCCAGAUGCUUAUGCCUCUUCUCGAGGCCAACGGUAGUCAUUUUCAACCACCCGUGCUUCGAAAGAAAGUAAGAGAUGAAGUCAACAUACGGAGUGCGGACUUGCCCUGGCGCCGGCUCCCGUUUUGGCUCGUUUUACGCGUCGCAGCGCAGCGUCAGCUCUGCCAAACGCUCGGAAACGAACAAGGUCGAAUAGGUUACAAGGUUCUCAUAUGCCUCUUGCUAUCUGAGCUGUUACGGGAAUCUACAGGGAAACUGGGUCCGGAUCAAGUCAUUACCCUCCGAGCCAAGCUAUGCCGCCGCAUGGCCAAGUUAGAGAUGGACAGAACAAUGGUCCAGCAGAUCCAACCCAACGUAUAUACGUCCUUAUUCGACCAAAUCUGCCCUAGAAUCGAGACGAUCAUCCGAGAGGCGACAACACAACUUGAGACAGCAUGGGAAUACUACAAGCAGUCAACAAUCCGCCGCAUCCCAAGGCUCCCCUUCCGUGCACCUGAUGCUUCGCUCCAACUUACCCUUCCGAACAGUAGCGGGUACCUCGACCGCUUACUACGUAAUCCCGCACCCCGACCAAGCGGAAUAUCUUCUCUUGACCUUCCCCAGCCGCUUGAUGGGGCUAUUCAAAGGGCCCAAGACUUUACAGAUGCUAUAUUUCGGCUUAACGUGGUAGAAGAAGGAAUAUUUCGCGACGAACAACUUCAUCAGCGCAGCCCGUGUGGUGGCGAUAAGAAUCGCUGCAUCGAGCUUGCCGAGCAAAUCGACGAAGUCUUUACGAGUGUUGGUCCAAAAUAUGACUCGGAUCCUGAGCAGAUGAGCACUAUGAUCCUCGGCUUAUUUAGUGUAUGGAUCCGUCUCGACGAAUGUGCUAUUCACCUAUGCCCUCUGCUCAACGAUUAUCGCCCUGCUUUCAGCCCCGAGCUCCUCAACGUCCUCCAAAUACCUACCAUGUCCGACAUGAGUCGCCUCCGAGACAUUCAAAGAUAUCUAUCACAACGUCAUUCCAAAUGCAAGUACGGUACUAUCUUCGACGAGCUUGGCAAGAACUGUCUGGCUUCGCAUUAUACAGCAUCUAAUCACGCUCGCGAUGAAAAGGAGUCAGAAUGGAGAAAGAUCUCCGAAGAAUACGACGACCACACGACAGGAAUUUCGGACAAAAUUUGUUGCUGUUCUUGGAGCAACGGCGAGCGUGACGUGCGUGGGUGUACGAAGUGUUGGCACUGGCGCGUUCGAAACCGCUUACAGAUUCAAGCACAUGAAGCGUUUCUCCCUGACAGCAAUCCUGCCAGGGAUGUCUUGUUAUUUGAGCUCGCGAUCCCCAACUACAUUUCUGCGUAUCGAGACGCUACUUGGCGGAUACUGACCUUGGCACAUCCAAGUCGAGUCACCGUAUCGUCUCCCCCCAAGAUUAAAUUGACAGACUGCCUACCCCUCAAGCCCUUUAUGACCGCUAAGGUGUAUAGAAUCUCGUUAGCCUCAAGUGUUAAAUGCUUCAGCCAGACUCACUACAGAUAUCAUUCAGGAAAGAUCCCGCUGUCUCGUGUACUGCUACCUCUUGCGGCAGAUUUUCAAUUGUACGACCAUGCUUCGGGAUCCUGGGUUGAAGAUUUAAGCAUGCCCCUUACCUUUCAACAUAUCUGUGGAGUCUAUGUCCCCCGUGGCCUCCGUACUACGGUCCUGCCACCCAUACAGCACCCUCCCACUACUGUCAACGGACCAACAUCCUAUGAGGUACAGGCUAAUCAGAAUGAAUGCCCAUCUCAUAUGUCUGCCCGGCGCUGGCCCAACAUCAUGGAUACUGCGCGAUUAUUAUGCCAACUUUCAGUCCAGGCCGGCCCUUCGCUCGGCGGCGAGGUUUUACGGACAGUUCAUGUUAUUUUCCGGGAACCGGCUUUCGUCGCGCGCUUGACUGAAACUCUCGACACGCGCAUGCGCAGCAUACAAGCAAACUGGCGGGAAGCCCAUUCCAUGGAAGUGCUCAUCACGAUUACCUUGCGAUUAUUUUAUCUUACCUCAGAGAGUGCAAGAAAUGCUACGUUAGACUGGACAACUCGCCUCCGCAAAGAGCUCCGCACUGCCACCGAUGCAGAUGUGGCGCAACGGUUAGCACUAUACGGCUUCUGUGCCGCUUUGUUAUGUCGGAGAACGUUUGCAACACAUGCGGAGUUCAAGCAGGCCCUAGAUGGCGAAGACCUCGCCGCUUGGGUUGGGGCCUCCAUAGCACUACAAGAAAAUUUGGUAGUGGAUCUUGGCAAGCUACCUCAGCAUGCGUAUCACCUUCAACCUCUUCUAGAAAGCGCCGUGAAAUCCCAUCCAAAUAGCAUCGGGGAUGGAAUUUUUAGGAGUUGGUCCGAUAAUGUAGACGGCGCAACGAUGGCCUUCUCUUUGUGGAACGUUCUUCCUCCACCUCACGACCGUUGGAUUGUCGCCCAGAUGUCAGAGUGCCGAAAGGCAUUUCGCGCGCCCCAAACAAUACAUUACAACAUCGUGGAGGGCCAUCUGCUAAUCAAUGAUAGUUCUGCAGUCAAGGAGAUGUUUGGGAACCAGCAUCUCCUAACGUUCCCUUCGUCUUUAUGGGGUAUGAGCCACCAGCUUUCACAUCGCAUACAUAAGCAAGAAGUGCACUUUGGCAUGCGUGACGGGCAAGUCAUCAUCCGUACUAUAAACAGAGACAAUCAUGUGAUUGAGUUCAUACCCCGUCACGUUUUCAUCAGUCCAGACACUUUUGACUUGCCAGCGGAACUGAGAGAUGGAUGUACGCACUGGCUGAACUUUAGCACGAAGUGUCUUGAGAUUCGCCGAGCGCCGGUAAUCUGGGUCAAGCGAGCGGGAGAUUGGGAAGUAAAUGUCCCAUGGCGUAGAGCUUCCCGUAGGAAUGUUGAUCUUGUUGAUCCACAAUCAGACGUAUUCGGCCAAGUGGCAAAAAUAUUGCAGCAUUUCGAGCGACCGGAGAAAUUGACAGUUUACCAACCUAGGGGAAAUUUGUCGGUGGAACUGCGACACAUGGAAUUGUCAGAGCUCAACGCAGAGAUUGACAUCGAUCAGGAUGCGGGAACAUGGUAUGGCCUCGAUAGCAAAGUCGUUCUGCGAGAUAUUAUCUCUCGGGAACGUAGCAUUAUUGUGCCGCUUGGAGAGCCUCAAUAUUUCCGACGGGGUAUGCAUGUUGCUUAUAAGCGUCGUCUUCUAUACACAAAAGCCAUCUACCAUGCCCUUACGUCUUUUCCCCUUCCUGACACAUUAACGGGACGUACCGGCACGGAAGAAGCAUUCGAUAUCCUCCGUUCCGGAGCUGCUCAACCAUGGAUCCCGCUAAACGAUAUUCCGUAUCAUAUUUUGGGAAUGUUAGGAGGACUUGCUCCCAACAGACACGUGACAUGGGAUGAAAACCUAACCAUCACCAUUCAACAUGAUGGUUACACGUCUCUUGUUCAAAAUAUCCUCACGAAAUCUAACCGCUUUGAAUUUGAGGAGGUCACACAUCUCCGCCACCGCGGCGAGCUGCAACGACGUGCUGUACCGGAUAUGGCUUAUCAGUCUCGCGAUCGUAGAACAUCAUCCAAAGCUACCCGCGUAUACGAAGUCGUUCGCCUCCUUGUGACAGGCUGCUCCUCUCUGAAACUGGAGACUACGGUCGAAUCCUUUCUUGAAUCUCACGAGGUUAUCGGCGGAUUCUGCGAUGAGCCUAGCUCGCUCUAUAACCGGGAACCGCUGAUAAGCCAAAUUGAAGACCCUAUCAAUGAAAAAUGGGGAAGUCUCGUUCAGCUGUGCCGAUAUGCGGACCAUAUCACGCCGUUAUUCUUUCGGCUUGGACUACUAGCCUUCCGUCCUAACCCGGAUAUGGACACGAUCCGUUCGCUCGUCGCCUUCUCGGUGCUGAAGGGGCUUAAAACCCUGUCGCCACCUCUAUAUAGUGGUUUCAUGGACUUUAAAACACGCGGACGGCCCCCGGUUGAACUUCUAUGCGCACUGGUAGCCCCAUCUUACAGGGACUUUGAGCCCAAGUUGCGUCGUGGGCGCGAGCUGAAAGAUCAAUACGGGCAUAGCAGUCGACAACAUCAGGCCCUAUGUGAAAAAGAGAAUCAGGAAUUUGCCUCUCAUGUUCUUGGGCAAUGGCCCGUUCCAGCCGACGAGUUGUCUUUUGACGCUUUACACAUAGGGAUCCUCGAUAUUUCCCUAGCGCUGGAGAAAAUACGCCCUGAAUGGGAACGCAGGCGUAAGAAUGGCGAACUAGAGACUUAUGCUAAUAAAGUACAAACGGUUCUUCAUUCACAUAGGGGCACUCAGAAUGCAUCUGCCUUGUGGAAGUGGACAAAUGCGGAACCUUUGUUCACGAAACCCAAACACCUCGAAGCCUCCCAAACCACAGCCGGGGAUGUUCUAAUGAAGGUCGGCCCACGACUCGAAUCCCUAAUGCCGAACAUCUCGUUCAAUGUUGGGGAUGUGGCUAAGGACCGUGUGACUGAACCAGUACAGGCGAGCCAUACAAGCGAAACUACGCAAUUAAGAAACAUUUUAAACAAGUUCGCGACGUCUAAGACAUUGAGGCGCCAACAGUAUGCAAGCUAUCUCCUUCAGAGCCUGGCUGUCUUCGGGGUGGCUGAGCUAUCGAAUACGGAUGGCUCGAUGCCGUCCCUUGAAGAAGUUGAUGACGCUAGAGAUUCGGGUUAUAGAAUAGCGGGACGCUAUUUCGAGGAAAUCUCGUCAGCUCUCACGUCUGGAGACCAUGGGUCUAAAUGGCUGCGGCUAGGUGCCCUCUGGCCAUUCGUGUCUCCCCUCGAGGUACUUGUCCUCCUCAGGACUUCGUCAACUUAUCGAUACGGGGCCGGAAUGAAGGAGGCGUUGGUGCAGUACGGAUUAGCGGUCACAUGCCUACAGCGCUUAGAGCGGAUCCGACAUGCCUUGCUCCGGAGGGAUAACCGGGUACUUCGCGAGGAAUUGCGAAACUCCGGCCAUGAAAAUUGGUCACCAGUGCAACAGCCUGACUGGCUAUUACUGGAAGUCGAUGGCAAUUUCCUCAUACGAACCGAGCAGGUAGAUGUCGCACGAGCCAUGAUUGCACCGUCAUCAGGUCAGAAUAGCGUACUCCAGAUGAAUAUGGGUAAAGGCAAGACAUCUUGCAUUGUCCCUAUGGCAAUAUGUGUUUUAGCCGACGGUCAAGAUCUCGUGCGGUUGGUUGUACCCAAAGCACUACUUAUGCAGACAGCACAGAUGACGCAGUCACGUUUGGGGGGGCUUGUCGGACGUGAGGUCUUCCACGUCCCUUUCUCGCGAAAGACAAGAUCUACAAGCAAUAUGCUGGAGUUAUAUGCACAGAUUCACAGGGAAGCGCGCAGUCGCAGAGGCCUUAUCCUCACCAGCUACGAGCACGUCCUCUUCUUCAAGCUUGGCGGUUGGCAACACCUCGCGGAUGGAAAAAUCGAGGCGGCGAAAACCAUGACAAACUUUCAACGUUGGCUAGAUGACCAUUGUCGCGAUAUUCUAGACGAAUGUGACUUUACGUUAGCGGUAAAGACACAACUCAAUUAUCCCAGUGGACCAGAGAUGGCUGUUGACGGAUAUCCUUUCCGAUGGCAAGUAGCCGAGGAAUUGCUGGCCUUGGUGGCCCACCUAGUUCCAGAAUUACGAAAGAAAUUCUCUGUUGGCAUCGAGGUGUUAGAGCGCCCAGGGUCAUAUCCAAUUGUACAUCUGCUCAAUAGUGAUGUGGAGGAGGCUGUCCAUAAUCACAUCCUAGACAGCAUCUGCAAUGGGCGGACAAGCUUCCUUCGUCCCGCGGAUUCGAGCUUCCCGCGCCAACAGGACAAUAUACGGCACAUUCUCUCCGCCAAGGAGUUUGAUGAACAGAAAUUCGCAGAAGCGACGAAUGCAUUUGCUAACUCGCAGGUGGCGUCCAAGAUACUCCUCCUGGUUAGAGGGUUAUUGCUCAACCGCAUCCUACUCCUUUGUUUGAAUAAACGCUGGAAUGUGCAAUACGGGCUACACCCGAACCGCCACCCUGUAGCGGUACCCUUUGAAGCAAAGGGCACGCCGUCGGAGCAAUCUGAGUUUGGUCAUCCAGACGUUGCUAUCUUAUUUACCUGUUUGGCUUUUUACUAUACCGGCCUUAAUUUGAAGCAAUUUAGCCAAGGAAUUCAGCAUGUGCUCCAGUCAGAUGACCCAGCCGCGCAGUAUGAUAUGUGGAUAUCCAGCUGCUCUAGCCUACCGGAGUCACUGCGACAGUGGAAUGUCAUCAAUAUCGAAGAUGCGGGACAAAUGGAAGAAUUGUGCCGACACUUGCGUUUGAAUUGUAACGUCAUAAACCACUACCUCAACCAUUUUGUUUUCCCAAUCCAUGCUAAGCAAUUCGAAAUUAAAUUACAAGCUUCAGCGUGGGAUCUACCUUUUUACUCGAAGGGACAACAACGUGGUGCAAGGACCACUGGUUUUAGCGGGACAAACGACAACCGUGCGAUGCUACCCCUAACCAUCCGGCAGGACGACCUCCCCAGCCUACAACAAACUAGCGCCGAGGUACUGUCGUAUCUUCUACAACCACGCAACCGCAGCUAUCAGAUGACUGUAGAUUCUACGGGUAAGCGGUUAGCCGAAGAUGGCCUUCUACAAUACUUACGGGACAACAACAUCCGCGUACUCAUAGAUGCCGGGGCGUAUAUUCUUGAGAUGGAUAACGCAAUGCUUGCGCGAGAAUGGAUGAAAAUCGACCACGAAGCAAAGGCUGCUGUCUAUUUCGGUAGCGAUAAUCGUGCCUGGGUACAUUACCGGGGCGAAAAGAAGGAAGUUCCCCUCCUCGCUACUCCUUUUGCGGACGAUUUAAACGAAUGCCUCGUAUACCUCGACGAGGCGCAUACACGAGGUGUAGACCUUAAACUACCUAUGGGCGCCCAUGGUGCACUGACAUUAGCUCUAAAGCAAACUAAAGACUUCACAAUGCAAGCGGCGAUGCGUCUCCGUCAGUUGGGAACAACCCAGUCUCUAACUUUCUUCGCGCCCCCCGAAGUCGAUCGAAGCAUCCGAGAUUUCUGUCGUCCGCCCCCAAACACACCAAUAGACUCAUCUCACGUUGUUUCGUGGCUUCUAGAGCAAACCUGCUGCGUCAAUGAGGACCUGCAAAGUCUAUAUGUAGCGCAGGGUAUCGAUUUUUGCAGAAGAGCCGACGCAAUAUAUCGGUAUCCUAAUUUCCUCGCCAGUACGAAGAUUCGCGCCAAAUUACUUGAUGUACUCCAGCAGCCAGAACGGCAGACCUUAGAGCAGCUCUAUGGCGGGGAUUCAACAACAUUUCGGACAGGCCCCAUGGACAACUUGUCUGCACCUCAGCUCCAGUUAUUCGUGAAUCAGCUGAAGCUUCAUGGUGGUGAGGCAGGUAUUGUUCGAAUGGGUGCCUUGGAAGAAGUCGAACAGGAGCGUGAAGUCCAAGUUCAGGUUGAGCAAGUACGCCAAGUUCAGAAGCCGACAAAAUAUGUAGCCCUUCCUUUCCCAGGGCUUCAUCCUAUCAUAUCGCAAUUUGCAGUUACGGGGGUAUUACCCCGUGCACCAUCUACUCGAGAAGAGGCCGGGUUCGAGCACAUGUUCACGUACAUGGCGAGGACAACCGUUGGGAGACGGUUCGGCAUACGCGGUACAGGCUCGAGGUUAUUUGUUUCUACCGAGUUCGGGAGGACAAUUAGGCACGGGAAAGACAAUGCGAGCGACUCCGACAACUCUUUGCGACCAGUAGAAUGGAUCUUGUGGAGCCCCUCAACCCAGACUGCACUGGUUAUUAUACCUGAGGAAGCCGAGUUAUUAAUCCCAAAACUUCGCCUUGCCACACUUCGGCCGCGUGUCUACCUAAUCGCCUACGCAGCGCCAGUUACGAAAGCAAUGCUCUGCUUCAACACGCUUAGGUACUACAGCUUACCUACAUUACCACCUAGACAUGAGUUUCCUGAGUGGUUCAGGUUCGAACUAGGUGUACUCGGCGGUCGGCUAUACGUGGACUCAGCAGAGUGGGAUUUACUAGCUCGACACUUACAGUCACCAUCCAAGGAAAACGCAAUAUCACAAUUUGCAUCAGCGAACGGGAUAAUACCCAUCUCUUUUGCAGAUAAUCCUACUUCGUUUCUCCUAGAGUGGCUAAUGCUCCUCCGCAGAACGCAGGAUGUUAUACAAACGCCUAUGGGCUAUAUCUGUACAGGUCGCACGCUCAGAGAAGACCACCCCUUCCGUGAAUCUUCAUAA